GAAACCAUUUCUUGCGUCAAAUUUCACCAAUCUGUCGAGAAAAUCAAUUUCUUGGUCGCCAUCAUCAUCAUCAUCAUCAUCAUCAUCGGUCUCAUCGCUAUCCAUUUUCAAGAACCCGAUUUCAAUCUUCCGAAGCUUCAGCUUCUCUUCUUCAAUGGAUGCUGCUUCUCUUCAAGUCUCAGCUUCAUCCUCAACGGGGAAAGCAAUGGUGGGAGAGAAUGAUUUGCUAAUUGUAGGACCUGGUGUUCUUGGUCAUUUGGUGGCUGAAAAAUGGAGGGAGGAACAUCCAGGAUGUCAAAUUUACGGGCAGACCGUGACGACGGAUCACCACGAUGAACUGCUCUCACUGGGGAUUAACCCACUUUUGAAAGAGACUAAGACCGAUCAGAAGUUCCCCUAUGUGAUUUUCUGUGCUCCUCCUUCAAAAACCCCAGAUUACCCUGGUGAUAUUAGAUUGGCUGCUUUAAGCUGGAACGGUGAAGGUUCAUUCGUAUUCACAUCAAGCUCUGCACCAUAUGGUUGCAACGACAAUGGACCAUGUGAUGAGGACACGCCAAAUGUGCCGAUUGGGAGAAGCCCUAGGACAGAUAACCUUCUCAAGGCUGAAAAAGUGGUGCUGGACUUUGAUGGUUGUGUCGUUAGGUUGGCUGGACUAUAUAAAAUAGAUAGAGGUGCACAUUUCUAUUGGUUGCAUAAAGGGACUGUCGAUGCUCGUCCCGAUUACAUCUUGAAUCUUAUACACUAUGAGGAUGCAGCUUCCCUUUCGGUCACUAUUCUGAAGAAGAAACUUCGGGGUCGGAUUUUCUUGGGUUGUGACAAUCAUCCUUUGUCCAGGCAAGAAGUAAUGGAUUUGGUCGAUAAAAGUGUGAAAUUCGACAAAAAGUUCGAAGGCUUUACAGGCACUAGUGAUCCCCUGGGAAAGAAGCUGAACAACUCGAAAACUCGUAAGGAAUUAGGAUGGGAGCUGAAAUAUACUAGCUUUGCCUACUUCCUCGGAGUUUCGGAAUAACUCAUUCCUCCGUUACCGGGAUUGAAUGGAUUUAUCAUGGAAGAAGCUCAAUUUAGUUGGUAUACAGAAUUCUUCGCCUGCACCAUUGUGGCUCUUUUGUUUUCACCCUCCGAUAGAUGCUGGCAAAUGCUUGCUCAUAUUCAGUUUCUAAACAUUUCACAUCGGUGCUAAUA